AGACUUGAAUGCUUAACUAGUGUGACAGGUUUCACAGUUCACAGCAGGAAAGGCGAAGACUUCUCUGAACAUACAGAUUUCAUAACUCGCAGUUUAUCUUGAGAAAACCUGUGUGAGCUUCAAGUCCUCUGCAAAUUUUUCAAACGAGACUGGAGAAAUUUCAUCAGAAAAGGAGAGAAUAAUGGCAUCUGCAAGCAGCAACGAGUUUUAUCUUAUUAUCCCUAAUGAAUCUCAGAGUGCUGAGGUCAAACUGGGGUCUGAUGUCACCGUACCGUGUCAUCUGUCACCUGAAAUCAGUGCUGUUGACAUGGAGAUCAGGUGGUUUAAGGAGACAGACUGUGCUUGUCUCUAUAAGAACAGAAAGGUGAUUGAAGGAAGAAGCUACAAUGGCAGAACAGGUCUGUCCACUAAAGAGCUGAACAGAGGAAAUGUUUCCUUGAACUUCAGAGAGUUCAGAGAAUCAGACAUAGGGGUUUACCUGUGCCAGGUCAUCAGUGAAGACAGAACAGAGGAAAUAACAAUAGGAUUAGAAGCAAGGGAAGAUUCUGAUGGCCAACCUGUAAAUCAGCCAUCAAAGAUUCAAGGUAGACAAGUUCAUCUGACACUUCAUGAGUCAAACAGAACAUGGGGAGAGAAUCAGAGAAUGAAAAUGGAGGAAUCUGCUUUAAUGGCAGAGCUUGAAGUGAAUUAUGUGAAGGUACUUCACCAAACGAUAUUCAAGGUUUUCAAAAAUCAAGGGAAAAAACUGGAACAAACUGAACUACAGUUAAAGGCAUCUAAGACUGAUUUGGAAAGAGUCUUACAACAAUUAGAAACAAUCAGAGAAAAAUAUGGUCUCCUAGAAAAUAAUAAAGACCUUGAUAUGAAAGAAUCACAGAUGCAACAAAUAGAAAAACAACUGCUACAAAUGACCAAAUGCAUUGAAGAGAAACAGAAUCAGCUUGAGGAGAAAGACAAACAACUGGAGGAUAUCAGCAAACAGAUCAGCGAGAAAGAGAAACUGCUGGAGAGCACAAUCAAAGAGAUGGAAACUAGUAAACAACAACAACUACAGACACUGAUACAGGAGCAAAUGAGACAGCAGGAAAUGCUGGAGAAGAAAGAACAGUUGAGGAUUUCAGAGUUUAAUGAAAAAGCCAAAUGUCUUGAAGAAACAAAAUCUCUUCUAGAAGAAAGAGAUGGAAAGAUUAAAGAUCUGGAGAAAGAGAAAGACAGACUUAAUGAAGAACUUCAAGACAAAGACAAACGUCUCAAGGACAUUACUGCCAAACUGAUUCAAACAGUCAGAGAGGUUGAAAAGAAACAGAAUCAGCUUCAGGGGAAACACACACAACUGGAAAACAUGCACAAAAUGAUGAAUGAAAAAACGAGACGUCCAGAGAACAAAUCGAAAGAUCUGGAAGCCAGUAAAUUUCAAGCAGAGCAACAGGACACUAAAAGCACACAUCUGGAGAAAUAACAGUUGUGUAUGAGCCAGAUUUUUUUUUAAAUACUACGGUGGCAGCUUUGUGGGUUGUGGGUCAUUUGUGGGUUCUUUUCAUGCGUAUUCUGCUACUGUGCCUUUCCUAUAAAAUCUCAGUAAAUGUGUGUGUAUCUCCCACUGAUCAUAUAAAUGACAGUGGUGCAUCUCUUUUCAUUACAUGUAACAGGGUCAGAUAACAUUCCUGAGUUCAGGGCAUUCCUGCAAGUCACUGGUUGUGUAAAUGGGGUAGCAGUUGUUUAGUUUACUUUUUUAGUUGACCCAGAAGCAUGCAAUAAGCAGCAAAAACUACCCUUUGAAAAUAGGCUGAACCUAUAAGUUUAAUGAAAUAAAAAUGCCAAAAUGGUAGCA